AGCGAAGAGUUAACACGGGGAUUCUCCGCUGUGCGCAGCAGUUGCCACAGCUAUCAUGCCGUGCUUUUUAAACGUGCUUGUGUUUUGCUGGUUUAAAAUUCAACAGGUUGUGUGGCAAAUGUAAUGUUUUAGUUGUCUUUAAGCUAAAUCGUAAUCAUCAGAUAUUUUUUAUCUUUGAAAAGAGUGAAUUCUGUGUUUUUUUCUUUUCAUGAGUUUCGAAGAAAUACCAUAAACAGUUACUAACGCUUAUUAAAAAAAAAAAAAAUGAAGAAGAAACUCUUUUAGUUAAUUUUCAAAUAUUUUAAUGGUGUUCAUCCCUGUCGUUCAGUUAAAGAAGUGAAAAACUUUUGCUCAACUGUUCGUUUUCGGAGACAAAUUGUUUUUUUGAUUACAAUUUCUGAACUAUGUCAAAUUUCGUCAUUUUUCAUUUUCGAAAAAUUUACGUCAAGAAUUUAGUUAAAUGGUGAAUUUUCAUGCGCAACCUUUGAGCAAAGUUUAAGAAUUUGAAUUUAUGACUAACUCGAGUACAAGGAAAAUAUAAUUGAUGUCCAAAAGUCAUUUUGUAAAGAAGAUAAACGAAAAGACAAGUAUAUCUACUAUUCUUCACUUGGUGUCCCAUUCAUGUGAUGCGGUUUUGCACAAUUAAAAAGGUGACAAAGCCGAAAUUAAGGAUACAAUUCAUUUAAAUCAAUCUACACGGCAAUAUGCAACUAUGAAAAAAGCACUCUAUAUUGUCUUCGUGGAGAACCACUGUGAUGCGCUCAACGUUACGAACUUUGAAAAUCAAUCAUCGAUAACUAUCGUCCAGCAAUGCAUCUUUUUGGAAAUUCUGUCUUCCGAAAUGGCCAGUACAUAGAAGAUAUGCUACGUAUUUUGCUAAUUGUGGUGUCAUUGGACCUCUGCAUUGCAGGGCGUUUCGGUUGCCCAACCAGACUUCAGAUCAGACCUUGCCUCUGCCAGGAGAAAUCUCGUGGCCUAGACAUAUCAUGCGAAAAUGCUAAAGUGGACCAACUCCGCGAAGCAUUAGCGAGUGUCGCUCAAACGAAACAAGCUAUCUGGUACCUGAAGUUGCGGAAUAACAGACUAGGCAACUUACCCUCACACCUAAUGCUAGGCCUGGACGUGCGGCAUCUGAUUGUACUCCAUUGCAAUCUCUCGUCGGUUGAUGAAAUGGCCUUCUCGGGAAUUGCAGACAAGCUGGAGACGUUGGAUUUCGCCCAAAAUGCUUUCGAACGAGUUCCAAGCCAUGCACUGGAAAAUCUUUCAGCUUUGGUCUCGCUGAACUUCAACUAUAAUCGACUUGAAAUACUUCAUGCAGAAUCGUUUAAGGGACUACAUUCUUUACUACGGCUGUCACUGUACGGAAAUCGAAUUAAAUUUAUAGACAAUCUCGCUUUUGUCGGUGUUGGGCGUAACCUAACAAGGAUCAAUUUAGGAGCGAAUCAGCUUACGGCAGUACCAUCAAGGCCUUUGCGAAAUCUUUCUGUUCUCCAGAGGCUGCAACUUCAUGAAAACCAAAUAGUGGCUCUUCUACCAGAAGAAUUCGCUGCCAUGGGAGGUGAAUCCUUGGAUGUUUUAGACUUGGCUAAUAAUAGGGUUCAACAGUUGCCACCCAGGGCUUUCAUGUCCCUACAUAUGCUGAACUCUCUCGAUUUGGAAAGGAACAUGAUAUCAAAUAUUCAUCCUUUCGCUUUUCAAGGCAUUGAAGAUUCUUUGGAAUGGUUGAAGCUGGGAGAAAACAACCUGGAUGACAUUCCGGCGCAGUCUUUGAAAAACCUUAGUCGUCUUCGGCAGUUGGACCUUAGGGGUAACAACAUAUCUAAAGUCCGGGAGGACGAUUUUUUGCCUUACGGAAAAAAUCUGAAAUUUAUUUAUCUACAAAACAACUGGUUGACUUCAGUUGAUCCGACGUCAUUAGUAGCACUAGACUCUCUAGAAUGGUUGUAUCUGCAGUCAAACCAACUGAAUACUGCGCCGUAUGAAACAUAUGCUCCAAUAUUAAAUACGCUACAAGUAUUUGACAUACACGGUAACCCAUUCCAUUGUGACUGCAAAAUUGCUUGGUUGAGAGACUGGGUCAAAGGGAAAGGUUCGAACAUUGUCAAUAUGGCUCAAGAGACGAAAUGCGGAAGUCCUGACCAAUACCAAAGCAUGCCUUUGUCCGAAAUACCAAAUGACCAGCUAGCUUGCAUAUCUUCAGCAAAUAUGCUCCACAUUGACAUUAUUUGUAUUUUAACUCUACUUAUAGCUACAUGCAUAUCAGUUUCAAUUUCCUAAAUCUACAUUUGAAGACGUUUUGUGAAAUUUGAUGAACAAGCUACAAGAUAUUUCGGAAUGCGUUCCGAAUGCUCUCUCCCAAGAUCAAACUGAAUCAAUCGAUCAAUGGCCUGUAAACCGUCUGUUUAAAAUGGUUUGAACUUUCUAAAACCAUAAAACAUUCCUUAUUUCUACGAAGACUUUACAAUAGUUUGAACUGAAGAUAUGUGGUAAAUGUAAAAACAUAUUCUUCAGCCCAUCAACGUGUUACGAAUUGAAUCGUAUACGGUUGCCAAAACGAAUUUGGAGGCCAAGCGCAAGAAUCAAAAAGAAAGAACGGAGAAAGCUGUAUAACAAGAGGACAUUAACAUUGAAACCAGAGUUUAACGUUCAUUAAAAUUAGAAAACUUGUUAUUGUACAUAAAACUACGCUUAAAAGCUCUAAGCGGUUGAGUAAAAUGGUUUGCACUUUGUCUACAUGUAAUGUUCUCCACAGAGCACAAGAUGCAUUUUUAUUUUGUGGAAGAGUCAGAAAAGAAAGGCAUAUGCUAAACUAAGAGUCACGACGGAGUCUUUCUUGAAGUAAGAAAAUAACAAUAAUAUUGAUGAUAAUAAUAAAAUUAAAUCUUAAAUUCGUUUCUGAGAAAGUUUUCGCAAUCAAGAAUUGCAGUUAAGUAAUUACUCCGUGCUCUCAAAAUUUAUAACUUUGCCUAAAUUUUAGUCAACGUUUUAAAUUUUUAAUUUAAUUUCAGAUUAAAUACUGUUACCAGUUCUUUUAUUUACAAAAGUCUUUGUAUAAGUUUCGCAGAAGUUUAUUACAUCACUAUGACGUGAACUUUCUGCUCACUUGAUUCGUAGGUUUUUAUUAAGAAAGAGACGAAAUUGUGGUAAGUUUUGAUUAAUAAUGGUAUUUUUGUUGUAAAUGUAUGAUUUUAUUAUUUAAA